AUGUCAAUCUCCGCUCUGGACUCCCGGGUAUUCCGGAACCUUUUUGGUACGCAAGAGAUCCGAGCUGUCUUCUCGGAUGCCGCCUAUGUUCGUCGAAUGAUCAAAGUGGAGGCCGCGUUAGCUCGGGCACAGUCGGCUGUAGGGGUGAUUCCAACUGAAGCUGGCGAAGCCAUCACCACAUCUUUGACGUCAGCGGAAAUGGACUUCGACCGGCUGGCCCGGGAGAGCGAGAUUGUAGGCUAUCCAGUGCUCCCACUUGUCCGCCAGCUGGUCGAGCAAGUGCCGGCGGAGAUGGCCAAGUACAUUCACUGGGGUGCUACGACACAGGAUAUCCAGGACAAUGCCGCCAUGCUUCAGAUGCGCGACGGUUUGCAGAUCGUCCAGCGGCAACUCAGCGAGUUGUGCCUCACGCUCCGCUCUCUGGCAGAGAAAUACCGCGAUACGCCCAUGGCAGGACGCACCCAUCUACAGCAUGCUUUGCCCUGCACGUUCGGUUACAAGUGCGCCGUCUACUUGUCUAGUAUUCUCAGACAUUCAGAGCGUCUCCAGGAGAUUCAUAAACGCUGCAUGCUAGUCCAAUUUGGGGGGGCAGCUGGCACGCUGGCCUCUCUAGGCUCGGACGGCAAGGGCCUGUUGGUGAGAGAGCAGCUUGCACGGGAGUUGGGGCUCGCGAACCCAAGCAUCACCUGGCAUGUUGCUCGCGACAACAUCGCGGAAAUUGUCAAUUUCCUUGCAUUGGUGGGUGGCUCGUUGGGCAAGAUUGCCUACGACCUGAUCCUCAUGUCGUCGACCGAGUUGAGUGAAGUGUCUGAACCGUUCGUCCCACACCGAGGUGCCUCCUCGACGAUGCCCCAGAAGCGCAACCCUAUUUCCAGUGAAGUUAUCUUGGCGGCCUCAAAGUUGCUCCGCGCAAAUGCAAGUCUCGUCUUGGACGCCAUGGUGGCCGAUUUUGAGAGAGCCUCUGGUCCCUGGCAUUUGGAAUGGGUGGCUGUGCCCGAAGCCUUCGUACUAGCUGUGGGAGCCUUGCAUCAGACGAACUUUGCUAUGAGUGGCCUUGUUGUCAGUACAGACUCCAUGAUGCGCAACCUUUGUUCCACAAGAGGCCUUAUUGUGGGGGAAGCCGUCAUGAUGGGCCUGGCCCCUUUCCUAGGUCGUCAACAGGCCCAUGACCUUGUCUAUGAGGCAUGUAAGGAGUCGAUAGAGACGGAUCGAGCUCUUUUUGAUGUUCUGAGCAGACGGCGUGAUGUGACAGAGCAUGUUGCCAAGGACAGGUUGAAAGAGCUCUGCAGCCCGGUCAAUUAUCUUGGUGCCAGCCAAGUCAUGGUCGACGACGUCCUGAGAUUCGGUCCGUUACGAUAA